CGCGCGCAUUCCAAACACGCUGGUGCAGGUGGAAGGAGAGGAGGAGAGAAAAUACCCGGAUUGUGGAGUUUUUAAUCUCGCUGUGUUUAUUUUUACAUUUUAUUUGUUUUGCGUAUUUUUAACUAAAUUGGUCGUUUAUGGCGCCAAAACUGGGGUGAAACGCUCUCGCGGGAGAACAGAGGAGAAAAACGCUUAACCGCUCAGUUAAAGCCUCUCUCUCUCUCUCUCUCUCUCUCUCUCUCUCUCUCUCUCUCUCUCUCUCUUCAUUUCUAUCUAUCGCUUUCUCUUAUUGUUUAUUUCUGUAUUUUUCUUUCUAUAAGUCUCUCUAAUUUUUUAUUUCUCCCUUUCUAAUUCCCUAAGUGUCUCUGUCUAUCUCUCUUCUUUUCUAUCAGUCUCUCUCUCUCUCUCUCUCUCUCUCUCUCUCUCUCAUCAUGGACGUUUUGGCGAAUUACAGUAUAUUUCAGGAGCUGCAGCUCGUGCACGACACCGGCUAUUUCUCGGCCAUGCCGUCUCUGGAGGAGAACUGGCAGCAGACGUGUCUGGAGCUCGAGCGCUACCUGCAGACGGAGCCUAAGCGACUGUCUGACCUUCUCGAAGAUGAGCUGGACUGCCUGCUCUCACCGGGCUUUACAAAAACAGACGAGGAGAACAUGUUGGACCCUCUGCUGUCUAACUUUAGCGACCCCCCGAGUCCCCCGCCGCCUCUCCUCAGCCCCCCUCGAGAGCCUCUGACCUCAUUGUCCGCCGUACUGCCUAGCCCAGACCUCAGCCCCGGCGUCGUCAACGCUGCCCAGCUGAACGCCGUCACCUCCCUGACCCCGCCCUCCUCGCCAGAACUGGGACGCCACUUGGUCAAAACUGCUCACACACUCUGCACCUCGCCCGACGGCACGUUAAUGCUCAAGCUGGUGGCCAGGAAGGUGGCAGCCGCCAGGCCUGCCUCGCCCGAGCACAGUGGCAGCCACAGCGACAGCGAUCAGGGGUGCGCGGCAGGAGGCGGAGACUCGGCCGAGAACAAGAAAAGAGUCCAUCGCUGCCAGUUUAACGGCUGCCGGAAAGUAUACACCAAGAGCUCACACCUGAAGGCACAUCAAAGAACACACACAGGUGAGAAGCCCUACAAGUGCUCGUGGGAAGGCUGCGAGUGGCGGUUCGCCCGGAGCGACGAGUUGACGAGACACUACCGCAAACACACCGGCGCCAAGCCCUUCAAGUGCGCCCACUGCGACAGGUGCUUCUCGCGGUCGGACCACUUGGCACUGCACAUGAAAAGGCAUAUUUAAAGAGGAGGAGCUGGCACGAAAGCAAGGGAGAGGAAGAGAAAGUGGGGAACUGAAGGAGAGAAGAAGAGAAGGAGAGAGAACGAGGGAUGGCACAGGGGAAGAGGCAGGCGGCAUGCAGGUCUGUCUGCCUGUCACUCCAGCAGGAUGCCCUGAAGGAUGCCUACGGAGGGCAUGGUUGAAUAUGGUGGAUGUGCUCGAUAUUCAGAAUACUGUGAGCAGGAGUUCAGAUCUGGAAUGGGCCGGUCCGGUUUGUCCCGGUUUGGUCAGAAGAGUCAGAUUUCAUUGCUAAUUUACCUGGUUCAUGUUUGGAGAACUUGUGCAACCUUGACCAGCUCAUGAACCAGUUAUAGAGUGGUACCAGGACUUGUACCAUGUCAGGACCUGCCGACGGAGCUUACCUGACUGGCUACCUUCAGUUAAGACAAUGCUAAAUGACUCUUUACACAACAAAGACACACAUAGUAUGUACUAAUUAACAUUAUUAUUAUUAUUGAAUAAUGAAUGGAUGCGUCGUUCCAAAGGAUCCUUCACAUUGACUACUACUGCAGAAACCAACCGUAUCUCUACUUUACAUACUGGUUCCUUCAGCCAGUACUGGAAUCUUCUGUACCAUGUUACCAUGACUUUCAGAUCUUUCCCAAUGAAGAAUCGGAUUUGAGGCACUGGAACAAAAGACACCUCUUCCUCAAAAGAAACCCCGCCCCCAUGCCAAUCAACAAUUGGAUGUUUUGUGUCACUGCACCAAGUUUACCAAGUUCACCAUGUUUACCUUUCUUGGGUUCUUCAGCAAGUAAUGGGAUCUACAGUACUAUGAACCAAAUCUUUCAGAUCUUUCCCAAUGAAGAAUCUGAUUUGAGGCAUUGGAGCAAAAGACACCUCUUCCUCGAAAGAAACCCUGCACCCCUGCCAAUCAACAGUUACAUCGUUCCAAAGGAUCUUACACAUUGACAAUGCUACCGAUUUGCCUCUCUUCUGGUUCCUUCAGCCAGUGUUGGGAUCUAUUGUACCAUAACCCAUAUCUUUCAGAUCUUUCCCAAUAAAGAAUCUGAUUGGAGGAAGGGGACCAAAAGACACCUCUUCCUCUACAGGAACUCCGCCCUCUGCCAAUCAACAGCUGGAUGUUUUGGGCCACCACACCACUUUUUGGGCCAACCGAAUCUUAUUUGGUUUGUUUAGCCCUUGCUCGGAUCUACUGUACCAUGUUACCAUAUCUUUAGCAAUGACAUAUCUUUUACAAUUGAGAAGCCAAAUGGAGGUAAUAAAACAAAAGACAACUCUUCCACAACAAAAACCUGCCCUCCUUGCCAAUCAACAGCUUUAUUGUUCCAAAGGAUCCUUCAAGUUGACUGCACUACCGUUUUGUCUCUCUUCUGGUUCCUUUUCUGGUUAGUUUAGCCCUUGCUGAGAACUACUGUACCAUUUACCAUAUCUUUUACUUCUUUCUCAAUUAAGAAGCCAAUUGGAAGCAGUGCAACAAAAGACACUUGUUCCUCAAACAAAACCCCUCCCCCCCCUUGCCAAUCAACAGCAAUCAACAGAUCCUUCAUGUUGACUGGGCUACCAUUCCCUCUGACUUCUGGUCCCUCUAGCCAGUGUUGGGACCUGCUGUACCAUAAACCAUAACCUUUCAGAUCUUUUCCAAUGAAGCUGAUUGGAGGCACUGGAACAAAAGACACAUCUUUCUAAAAAGAAACCCACCCCCCUUGCCAAUCAACAGCUUCACGGAUCCAAAGGAUCCUUCAAGUUGACUGCACUACCGAUUUGCCUCACUUCUGGCUCCUUCAGCCAGUGUUGGGAUCUACUGUACCAUGAACCUUAUCUUUCAGAUGUUUCCCAGUAAAAAAGUUGAUAGGAGGUAGUGGACCAAAGGACACCUCUUCCUCUACAGGAACAACAGCUGGAUGUUUUGGGCCACUUCACCACUUUUUGGGCCAACCAUAUCUUUUCUGUUUUAUUUAGCCCUUGCUGGGAUCUACUGUACCAUUUACCAUAUCUUUGGCAAAGACAUAUUUUUUACAAUGAAGAAGCCAAAUGGAGGUAAUAAAACGAAAGAUAACUCUUCCACUAGAGAAACCCAUCCCCUGCCAAUCAACAGUGGAAUUUGUCCGAAGGAUCCUUCACAUUGGCUACUACUGGAAUACCGUUUUGCCUCCCUUCUGAUUUGUUCAGCCAGUGCUGGGAUCUACUGUACCAUGAACUUUAAGAUCUUUCAAAAUUAUGAAGCUGAAUGAAGGCAGUGGAACCAUUAGGACACAAAAAGCUCUCCCUCACUACACUUUUCUUGACUGUCCUCUCUUUUUACUUGCACAGUGAAGGAACUGUUGCAAUUUGCACAAGUAUAACGAACAAGCUACCAACUACGAGCAUCGAGUUACGGAUUCUACACUAGCACAGAUAGAGGCUGAACAGGUCUGAGUUUCUGGAAUGAAGCCUGCUUUAAUACUUGUUGAGGACGACAUGAAAGCAGAUUUGUUCUUGCACACGUCUUGAGCGUCCCGCCAGCUUUGAAUUUUUCCUUUCUGCACAGCUUGAGACGCUUCUCCAGGCUGUCCAGGACUCGCAUGCAGUGAUGAAGAAAGAAAAGCAUUGUCUGUCAGUAAGCUUCGAGACGUAUUUUCAGUUGCGCAUAACGUCCAUUAGAAAAGGCACAGCUGGGAAAAGUCAAAACGGUUGCUUUUUGUAAAUAUGGUGAGAUCAUUUUCUGAAAUUCUCAUGAAUUCAGUUUGGGGUUUCUUGUGGAUUUGAGAGCUUUGUGUGACAUUUACCAUGAAUGUACGACAGAUAUUUUCAAUACUUCAUAAUGAACCAGUUUACCAAACUCCCUAAGACCUGUGGGUGGGGAAAUAUGAGGAAAUGCUGAGGAGUUUUAGGUACUUAGGUACUGUAGAUUUGAGGUACUGUAUGUACAAUCAAAAGGCCUCAUCUAGAAAACACUUCAGGACCUUUGCCACCAUCAUAAAGCUCAACACAGGCUCAACAUGCAGCAGUGCAAUCUGUAGCCUACAGACUAGACCAGGGGUGUUCAAACUUUUUUUGUUGGGGGCCAGAAGGAGAAAUAUAUUUGAAGUCACGGGCCACAGACUCUGUAAUAAAACAAAUAAUGAAAUAUACCACUUUAAAUAAUACAUUUUUCCUGAUUAUUUCAUUUUCACACCAUUUUACUUGACUUACUAACUUUAUAUUUGACUUUAUAAUUGAUGUUUAAUUUUAUGAUGUCUCUUAAUAUAAAACUCCUUAAUUACGGCAACUUUUAGACUCUUUGGCCCGUUUUUCUGCACAAAAAAAGCGCACCCUCUCCGCUUUUAGACUCUUUUGCCCCGUUUUUCUGCGCUAGAAAUGCGCACUCUCUCCGCUUUUAGUCUCUUUGGCCCGUUUUUUCUGCGCUAGAAAUGCGCACUCUCUCCGCUUUUAGACUCUUUGGCACGUUUUUCUGCGCUAGAAAUGCGCACCCUCUCCGCUUUUAGGCGCUUUUGCCCCGUUUUUAUGCGCUUUUUAUGCGCACCCUCUCUGACGCUUUGGCCCGUUUCUGACACCUAGCGUUUAAACUUUGAAUCUCACAUUAUAAAAACCUGCUUAACAGCGGGCCAACUUUAAUUCUAUUUCUAAAAUACCUCGCGGGCCGCUCCAAAAAAGAAAACGGGCCGCAAAUGGCCCGCAGGCCGUAGUUUGGACACCCCUGGACUAGACCUUGCUAUGGAUCUGAAAACUGACAUAACUAGUAAAUCUGCAUUUUAAAUUUAUCUUAAUUAAAUGGGGCAAUUAAUAAAUUAGAAUUGUAAGAAUCCCUUUUUGUGUUUUGAACUUGAAGGUGGUGCAAAUUGUUGUUUUUCCUAAAAUGUUUAUCCAUAGAUUCAAAUGUUUGAUUUGAAUCAAUGUAUUUACAUUCAUGCAUUUAAUUUAAUUUACUUUAAAAGUUGAAAUAUUUGUUUAAAGUUAUUUAAAAUGUUUUGUAACAGCAGAUUUCCUAACCUCACAAGUUCUGAACACAAAAAGACAUUAACAUUCAAAUGUAUGAAUUACACAACCAAAUAUUGCAGGUUUAUUGAAAGUCAUUUAAUUAAAAUAUACAUUUAAUUAAAAUACAUUUAUUUUAAAUAUACGAAAUGCAGAUUCAAAUACUUAUGCCAGCUUUUAAGCUCCAUAUCUGGCACAAAAAUGUGAUAUAUUAUGCCAGAAACAAUUGCAAUUGCACCCUUUUAAAGUAUUUAUUAAUUAAUAUGAUUU